AUGCUCAGCGCUCCCGUGACGUCAGAGAUUUCCCACGAUGCCCAAAGUCCUGUGACGUCAGAGAAUUCCCACAAUGCCCAGCGCCCCCGUGACGUCAGAGAUUUCCCACAAUGCCCAAAGUCCUGUGACGUCAGAGAAUUCCCACAAUGCCCAAAGUCCUGUGACGUCAGAGAAUUCCCACAAUGCCCAAAAUCCUGUGACGUCAGAGAUUUCCCACAAUGCCCAAAGUCCUGUGACGUCAGAGAAUUCCCACAAUGCCCAAAGUCCUGUGACGUCAGAGAAUUCCCACAACGCUCAGCGCCCCCGUGA